AUGUGAGGCGCACUGAAGACCUCCCGCGUGGACAGUGAAGUGAGAGUGAGUGAAGACCAUAGACUGUCUGAGGACUGGAGACUGUUCGGAGCAGACUCUGACAGACCUGAGACAGUCAGGAUGAGGACAGCAGCAGGGGCAUGGAGCCACAGCGGACCCUGAUACUUCUGUAGAGAGGAUCUCACUUUGUUAUAUCUGGGAUCUGCACCACUACACGCACACACAUCCUCCCUGCAGCUGAACUCAAUGCUGACUCCUUGGUGAGGGUCAGAAAAUGAACGCCUCCUCCUGCUGGGAUCCUGAGGUCACCAUGUACAAGCAGAGCGACAGAUUUGACCUCAAUGCCAGCUGUGACUGGACAUCAGUGGACGCAGCGCUGCGGCUGCCUACCUUUUCUACAGCGGCCAAAGUCAGAGUGAUCAUUACCUUCAUCCUGUGUGGCGUUUCCACUUUCUGCAAUUCAGCUGUGCUGUGGGCAGCCAAUGGCCACAAACGCAAAUCCCACGUCAGGGUGUUGAUAAUCAACCUGACUGCAGCCGAUCUCUUGGUUACCUUCAUUGUGAUGCCUGUGGAUGCCGUGUGGAACAUCACCGUGCAGUGGUUGGCUGGCGACCUGGCCUGCAGAUUCUUGAUGUUCCUCAAACUGCAGGCCAUGUACUCCUGUGCCUUUGUCACAGUGGUGAUUAGUCUGGACAGACAAUAUGCCAUCCUCAAACCUCUGUCCAUUAGCAUGGCCCGCAAAAGAAACAGGGUCAUGUUGACAGUGGCAUGGACUAUGAGCACCUUAUUCUCAAUCCCUCAGAUGUUCAUUUUCCACAAUGUGACCAUCACAUAUCCAGCCAACUUUACUCAGUGCACCACGAGGGGCAGCUUCGUCACUCACUGGCAGGAAACUGCCUACAACAUGUUCACCUUCUGCUGCCUCUUCCUGCUGCCACUGGUCAUAAUGAUCAUCUGCUACACAAGGAUCUUCAUCCAGAUCUCCAAGAGGAUGACGAAAAAGAGCUUGUCCUCCAAUGAGCCACAUCUACGCUGUUCAAAGAACAACAUCCCCAAAGCGCGAAUGAGAACUCUGAAAAUGAGCAUCGUCAUCGUGAUCUGCUUCAUCGUCUGCUGGACGCCGUACUACCUACUGGGUCUGUGGUACUGGUUCUUCCCAGAUGACCUGAAGGGGAAAGUCUCUGACUCCCUCACCCACAUCCUGUUCAUCUUUGGCCUUUUCAACGCCUGCCUGGACCCCAUCAUAUACGGUCUGUUCACCAUACGCUUCCGCAAGGGGCUGAGACGCAGCCACCACAAUGCCGCGGCGAUGUCAGACAAGGAAACUACCACAGUGAUAACAGAUGCUCUGAACUGUACUGCUGUCACUUUGCUGUGUAAAAGAGGGAUGAUCACUGGUCAGGUCAGUAAGUGUGAACAGGCUGAUGCAAAAUCCACUGACUCCAGUUGUCUGACUGUGUUCAGUCAAGGAAAGGGAGGACAAUCGGGCCACUUCAGAUCUGAGAGCACGAUGUGAUGAAGAGAAAAAACAGAACCCUGAACUAUACAUAAUAUACUGGUUGUCUCUUUACUGGAUAUAUUCAUUAUAUAUUCAUUUAUAUAUACAUUCACUUCAACACCUAACAUGCAUGAGUAAGUCUGAAAACAUAAUGUAACGUUCACUGUGUAGAGUAAUGUCUUCAUGUGUCUUUGUUGGGAGGCACCUGAGGCUACCCAUCUUAUUUUAAGAUUAUACUGUAUAAGAGCUUUUUGUCUGGAGCUCUUUAAUGGUUUGUGUGUUGCGUAACUUGUUCACUAUAUACAAUGUAGAUUCCCUGUUACACAACAGUGAUUUUACACACUGCAUACUGGUCUUUUUGAUGGUCUCAAAUGACUGUUGAGGUUACAGAGGUUGUGAUCAAACCUGAUUAAUAAUCCAUCCCCUUGUUUUAAUCUCAUUCCAAAUUUUAAUACACAUUAAUUUUACUGACAGACCUGAGAUGUGACAUACACUAUGUAACUACAGUCAGGAUUUGUUUUAGCUGACGAUAUUGAGGUGAGCUUGUAUUAAUGAUGGUGGGCAGAGGAUAGCGAACGGGUGUAGUCGUCUAUCUAGCUAUUAUUCUACAAUAACAGCAUCUCUCAUCUAUUGAAGUGUCGCAAUAUGCCACAACAGAGGGACAGCAAGCCUGCCUGCAUGGUACCAGGACCCAUUUAUGCUAAUUUUAAACAUGAAACAAACCCUCAGCCUCCAUCCAAAUGCACUUAUGCUUAUUAAAGUUGGACAUUUCAUUUUUCACAUCUAGACCAUAUUGGACCUCAUCUUUUAAAGAACAAACAUGUUUGGAUCUUCUCUCUGCAUUAGAAAGAUUUGAUUCAUCACAUCAAAAUAUCU